AUGCCUACCCUGGCUUCCACAGGUUUAGCCAGCAUGGCCCUGACGGCUACCUUCUUGCAGCUUAGCCACGCUGCAACAGUUCCAGUGUCCGCUCUACGAGUCCGUCAGGAUCCCAUCGACUGGAAGUCCGUCCGGUGCAGCAGUGACGGGGUCGACGAUGCCAGCGUCGACGAGGCCACUCGCUGGUCCAGGAUUGCAGCCGACGCCGCUUGGAGCGAAGUCGUCAGUGGGUGGCAGGCACAAAGGGACAGCAACCCCGACAGCCAGUUCCCCUUUCCGCGCCAUGUCAGCAACGUUUUCAACGGGCCCGAGUUCAUGGACUGCCAUAAAAUGAUCGGCAACAACGGCUGCCAGGGCGGCAACGCCCUGCAGUGCCAUGACACCAACCACCCGGCUGGAUACUUUAUCCUCAACUCUUUCCGGAAGCUCGACGGCAUCCUGUGGAACCUGCACGAGACGCUGUCUAACGCACAUGACGAUAUUGGAGGCGGCAUCGGCACCUUCAGCGACACUUUUGCACCCCAGAAGGAGAAAACGAUGGACGUUGACGUCAUCAUGGACAUUGUCCUCCUAGGCUACGGCUCACUGGCUGCUCCCAUCUGGAAAAGCACCCUCAAGGGGUGGAAGUUCGCCGAGGACAGGCCCAACGACUUUGACAGUCUCACGGACUUCACCAACAACCUAGUUUCGAACGGCAUCACGCUGGCCAAAGAUCUCACCUCGGCCGCAGAGGGGCCCUUGGGGUCCCAGAACCAGGUCACGGAGAGGCUCAGGGACAUUAUCCUCAUCUGGCAGAACUCCGUUGUCAAGCUAGCGGAAAAGUUGUUCAGCGGCAGCGACGAGGACAUGGAGAUGCUGGGCAAGGUCAUAGCCAACGGCAAGAUGGUGGCUUCGACCACCGAUAUUCCUUCGGUCGAGGAACUACGCCAUCAGCUGGAGCGCUCAAUCUAUGCCGCGCUGAUCCCCCUGGCGUGGGAGAUCUCGGAGCAGGACAUCAGCCCCUUCGUUCUAGACUCCGGCAUGUCUUGUGAGGACGCUGGCGGCGACUGGGGCCAGAACGAGGACAAGUUCCUGUCCGGCGUCAAGGGCUCGGGAAUGGCCUGCCACGGCGGGCGCGCGUACUAUCUCGUCGCCGCCACCGGAAGCUGCCACGGCGGCAGCCCCUUUGAAGACAACGACACAAAUGAUUGCGGACCCUUCCCCCCGCUUCCUGGCAUCGAGACGAUGGACGGCCAGGUCUGGGGCGGCAUCAGUCGUGAGGACAUUGUCUUUGGCUCCAUCAACACCUUUGUCGCCAACGGCAACAAAAACCACGAGACCCGCCUCAACUUCGCUGACGGCGUCCCCGAAGACCAGAUCACCGGCCUCGCCGACAACAUCCAGGCCGCCAACACCUUUGCCCUGCCCAUCUGCGACCUACAGACGGCCUGGGACAACUUCUACAAGAAUCCAGAAGCGGACAAGUCCAAGCACAACUUCCCCUGCAAGAUCGACCACUCGGGCGACUUCAACAACAAGGAGAUCCCGCCGCCCUUUGACUGCAAAGGCAGCGGCAUGUGCGGCAGCGCCAUCAACUUCGUGCGCAACUGCGACCGCGCGGUCAACAGCGAGCUCAUCCGCAACGACGACGUCAACUACGGCUCGGCCGAGAGCGGCAUGGACAUGGACGGCGCACAGCGCGACAACUGCAAGAUCUUCAUCGCGGGGCCGGCGGCGUGCACGCGCACGGGCAACGAGAUGUGGUACGACUAUCAGGAUUUGAAGAACUCGGACAUGGGAGGGUGCGGGAGGUGCGGCAGCAAGCAUUGGGGGAACAACAAUGAGUGCCGCACCACGGUCAACUAUGUUGCCUAA